GGAACCAAAAGAGCAUGUGGUUCUUUGAGGCAUGUAGGGGGACACCCAUAUGUGCACGACCAGCCUAACGCAGCCCGUGUCCGCAGAAACCACACGUGUGUCCCUGUGAAUGGAGAGGGCGCCGUGUGCCUGUGUGACAUGCUGAUGGGCAACGUGAGCACUGGAGACACCUACCAGCUGGACCUGUGGGCUGGGGAGCAGUGGCUGUGGAGUGACUCCUUCAAGCCCAGCGAGCAUGUGAAACCCAGGGCCCCCGGAAACCUCACGGUUAACGCCACCGACUCCCACACGUGGCAGCUGACCUGGAGCGACCCGUACCCUCCCAAUGGUAGCCUGCACGCCAAGCUCUUCUACCUGGUCAACAUUUCAAAUGAAGACGACCCCACGGAGUUCCUCGUCAGCAAUGUGACCUACAUGGAGCCCACCCUCCGCUUCCCAGCCAGCACCCUGAGGCCCGGGGCCCUCUACAGCGCGCGGGUGCGGGCCUGGGCCCCGGACUACAACAGCCUGUGGAGCGAGUGGAGCCCCCGCGUCCAGUGGCUUCACGACUACGAGUGGCCCUGGGAGCAGCACCUUCCACUUGCCGUCGGCAUCUCCUGCAUCAUCAUCAUGGUCGUCUGCCUGUCCUGCUACUUCAGCAUCCUCAAGAUUAAGAAGGAAUGGUGGGACCAAAUCCCCAGCCCGGCCCACAGCUCCCUCGUGGCUGUCAUCCAGGAGCCUCAGGUGCCACCGCGGGGGAAGAGGUCCGGGGGCCAGGAACCAGCCAAGUGCCCAUACUGGAAGACGUGUCUGACGAAGCUCCUGCCCUGCUUACUGGAGCCUGGCGUGGAAAGGGGUGACGGUUCCUCCCAGGCGGCCAGGAGCGGGCCCGUCCAGGGCCCUGGGAAACCAGUCUCACCUGUGGAGGUCAGCAGCACGGUCCUCUGGCCGGAGAGCAUCAGCGUGGUGAAGUGCGUGGAGCUGCUCGAGGCCCCGGUGCAGAGUGAGGAGGAGGAGCCGGUGGAGGAAGAUGGAGGGAGCUUCUGCCCCUCGCCUGAGAGCAGCGGCGGCGACUUCCAGGAGGGCAGGGCGGGCAUCGCGGCCCGGCUGACGGAGAGCCUGCUCCUGGACCUGCUCGGGGGCACGGAGGGGGGCUUUUGCCCGCUAGCCUCGGGGGAGCCCUGCCUUCUUCCUCCUUCAGCAGGUGUGGGUGCUCAGGUGCCUUGGGCUGAGUUCCCGGGUGAGGCGCCUCAGGAGGCCUCCCUUCAGGGCAGCGGGCAGCCUUCGGACCCAGAGCCGCCCCCGGCCGCUCGGACGCAGAGCCCAGCCUGCCCGGCUUUUGCAGAGCUGCCCGCGGCCACCAUCACCGACAACCCCGCCGGUGCCAUGUGCCCAGCGCCACCUGGGGUGGAGGCCAGCAGCAGGGAGGGGGGCUACAGGCCCUUCCAGGGCCUCACUCCUGGCAGCCCUGGGGUGCCUGCCCCUGUCCCCCUGUUAACCUUUGGGCUGGACAUGGGGCCACCUCCCAGCCCUCAGAACUCACUCCUCCCCAGCGGCUCCCCGGAGAGCCCGGGUCUGGAGCCAGGGGCACAGGGAAAGGACAGCCAGAAGCACCUGCUCGCCCUGGAGCAGGCCACGGCCCCUCUCGGGGACGACCUGGGCAGCGGCAUCGUGUACUCAGCCCUCACCUGCCACCUGUGCGGCCACCUGAAGCAGUGUCACGGCCAGGAGGAGCAAGGCGAGACCCAUGGCGUGGCCCCCCGCUGCUGUGGCUGCCGCUGUGGAGGCAGCUCCGAGCCCCUGGGGCGCCCCCUGCCAGCGGCCCUCACCUGCCACCUGUGCGGCCACCUGAAGCAGUGUCACGGCCAGGAGGAGCGGGGCGAGGCCCACGGCAUGGCCCCCCGCUGCUGUGGCUGCCACUGUGGAGGCAGCUCCGAGCCCCUGGGGCGCACCCUGCCAGGCGGAGUUCUGCUGGAGGCCAGCCUCCCUCCGGCCUCCCUGGCACCCUUGGGUGUCUCGGAGAAGGGCAAGGCCCCCCUGUUCUUCCAGCCGGGCCCCAGCCAUGCUCAGAGCUCAAGCCAGACCCCCCAAAUGGUGGCCAUGCUCUCCACGGGGCCCACAGGCAUGAGUGCGUCCUAGGUGUGCGCCCCGUUGCUGUGUGUGCCUCGGCCCUACCUGUGAAACCCCCCUGCCCCGCCCCCCGGAGGGCAGCCAGGCUGGCGUGGCCGAGACUCGGAGAAGCCCGUGUGAAGUGAGGCUGUCGGACCCGGGCCACAGAGGCUGGACGCUGUCCUCAACACUGACAGAGCUCAGCGUGUGCCGCGGCUGGGAGGGAGGCACGGGAGCGGGGCCCACAGAGCCACCUGCAGGGCCCCAGAGGCUCCGGGCACCUGGGCUUGUGAGCGAGCUGUUGGCCUCCUGAUCGGUCCACGCUUCCCCGCGCACUGCCCCUGUCACACCGCCCAAGGCCUGCUUGUCCACCUGGUCACUCGGUUGCUCACGUCUUGCCCGGCCCCGGGACUAGCUGCUGCCAUGUCACUGGACUGGACGCCGAGCCUGGAAACUAACGAAGCAGCGGGAACGCAUUGGGAGCUUUGGGGGACGGAUGGGAAAGCCCGGUCCCGGAGGCGUGGUCAUCAGCCCAGAGGUGCCAUCCAUUCAACAGCCCCAUUAGGUGGACAGGAGCAGGAUCUGCGCUGUGGAGGGCACUUAGUCAGCAGGGGAACCAGAAGCACACGAAAAACGGUGAUUCCCACACAGUGACAGUUUGCUGGGGGCCCUGGUAGGCGUGGGGUCCUCAGAAUAAACACACCCAGCUA